UAUUCUAAAUAACCAAUCUUAGUCCAACCACGUCUUUAUCUCAUGGUAACACUUUGCCUGCGUACUCCUCGUCUGACUCGUCGGACUCCACCGAUUCAUUCAUUUCAAUAGCAUCCAACGGCUCAACCUACACCUCCAUGACAUUUUCAUCCUCCUCAAACCCUUUUAGCGCAUCAAGCUUAAAUGGACACUCUUCCAACUCUUCCACGUCUUCUUUUCGGGCACUAUAUGGUGUACGUGACCCUGAAUUUUUGAGCCUAAGAUCAUCACCAGGCCCUUUUUGUCAAUGUCCACCCAUCCCAUUUUCACCGGCUUCACUUCCCCUAGGUAUGGUGACUAUUUUGUUUAGAAGCGAGUCGGAACAUGAUCCAAGUGUUCAAUACGUCCUCCACCCCGAUGAAAUUAUGCUUCGUGUGUACAACGAUUAUGCAAAGCGCAUAGGUUAUGAUGUCCACAAUAUUUCUAUUCGAAGGCGUCUUACACACUAUCCGAUAAUGAAAAAAAUUGUAAAGAACUUAAUAUUGAGCACGGGAGGUGUUUACCGUCGUAGGCCUCGUGGAAGGCAUGAACGUAAACACCUACGUAAAGAGGUUUAUAGUCCGUCCUGUUUAUAAUGAACCAAUAGAUUUCCCAGUCGAGGCUAUGGUAACAGACAAACUUAAGAAGGUGUAUGUGGAUUAUGAUGAGGCCAUGGGUGCGCGCACCAAGGACGUUCAAUUUAUGCAUCAAGGGAAAAUGUGAACAGAUUUGCACACUUGCACACUACUCAGAGUGCAAGCAUUAAAAUUAAGUCUAUUUUGUAUACUUUUAUCCAUUAAGACGAUAUGCGUGAUGGAUGUUCACAACUUUUGCCACAACAUUUGUAAUGUCACAUUAUGGUGGAUUAGUAGUGUUUCUGGACUUUAAUGACUUGUUAUAAAUAAAAGUGGUUACGUUCUUG